AUGUGUUCUGGUGAGGAAGUCUCUGAGAUAGACGAACUCGCACUGGGUCACGUCCUCGACGUUGAUGAGUCCCCACUUGGUUCUUCUACCACGAACAACCUCACCGGCAGGGGUGGUGAUGAUGUCCUCGGAGCCAAUGACAGCGAACGGAAGCAAAGAUCUGAUGUCGCUGUUGAGUUGGAUUUCGUCGGCGGUAAGUCCAUCCUCACCCAAAGAGUACUCGUACGGGUACAUUCUGAAGUUGUAAUGCUUGAACUGUUCUUGCAAGAUGGACUUGAGGUUGGCUCUCUCUUCCAAAGUCAAGGUGUCUGCCUUUGCGAUCAGAGGAACCACGUUGGCGACCUCGGUCAAUUUCUUGAGGGCGAUGAUGUCCAGGUUCUUGAGUCCGUAGUUAGUUGGCUCGAUAAAGUAGAGAAUGCAAUGGACUCUUGUGUCUUUAAUGUACGACUCUCUAGUGGCGUUCAGUUCUUUUCUAAGGUACUGGUUUUGCUGGUCCUUGACGUACUUGAGAAUAGGUUCCCAGCACUUCUCGUUGUUGACCUGGUCGCCAAAUCCUGGGGUGUCGAUCACGUUCAACGUGAGCUUGACGUUGUUUUCCACCAAGGUCCGGCUGGACACUUUCACUUCGCUUGUUUUAUCAACAGGCUCAUAGAUCGACUUUCUACCGGUCGAAUCAACAACAUGGUGUGCAAACAACGUGUUCACCAAGGUGCUCUUUCCCAGCCCUGA